AUGGCGAGCGAGAAGCCCAGCUGGAAACAAAGGUUCACCCAUCAGCAGCUUGAACGCAAGAGAUAUAUGGACCGAAUCGGCCAACGAAGAACACGGAUGCACCUCAAACGGACCGUGACGGCGUUGGAGGAACGGCUCAGCCUCCUUCUCGAACAACAACCCGACAUUUUGAUUCAGCAACUCAUGGCUGAGAAUGAAAUGCUUCAGGCGUCUCUCAGUAACAUGGAGUCACGUAUGGGAAUGAUUCUUCAAUGCAGCAGAGAGUCUCUGGAGGAAUCCGCCAAUUGGAACACAAGCACUGCCGUCGCUGGCACCAACACGGCCGCCAGCGCCAGUGCCAGCUCUAGUGCCAGCACAAAUGCUGCUCCUCCUGCCAUAUACGCUCCGAAAACAGGAAGACAACAAUCACGAGCCAUCCAGUCACCCAACCCGGGCGAGGUGAAGACAAUGUGUGACAUCGGGGUACAGACGGACAGGGACCUGGCUUGGGAAACGGCAUCUUUGGCCGGGACACUCCCUUUCUUCGACCACGUACUGUUCCAUGGCGUCUCGUCCCUCCCGUGGAAAGAAUCGAGCUUGCCAGCCUCGGAUUUCUGGCCGACUGCUCGAACUGAGCUUGUGGAAACGAUCUUGUCGUGGAAGUUUCGUGGUCAGCAUGGAUUAGGGUUCGAAUUCCUUCUCAAGUGUUGCGGCUUGGAACAAGCACCCGUUUCACUGAAUCUUCUGGAGAUCCGCCGCCGCAUCCUUUCCAAGAACUUUUGGGAAUAUAUCCACGAUCGGUUGCUGAAACCUGACCAUCUGGGGGGCCCAUCCCGUCUUGACCUCGAAACACAGUCGUGGCAACCUCUGACAAGCUUAGAGUGCGAGCAGCGCGCCGUGGCACUGUGUGCUUGCGAGGUGACCACCCGAUGGAGGAAAUUGUUCCGAUCAGAGACGGAAUGCAUUGCCAUGUAUUGGUCGCUCUACACGUACUUCCUGUUCCUGAGUGUUCCCUCUGAGGAGAAUCUGCUGAGCUGUCCGCCCUGGCUCUGGCCGACUCGGUCUCAGCUGACCUGCGAGCAUCCGGGCUUCAUCGACUUCCUUAUUUGGCCUGCACUCAGGGACAAGUUGAUCUCAACCUGGCACCAGUACAAAGUCAAGUCGCUAUCAAUCGAAUUUGUGCGGCAUUUUGAGAUCCAAAGUUGUGGGAGCCUCAAGGACCAAACUCUGCUCAGAGUCAAAGAAGACCUUUCCGGGUUGGAUCUUGACCCUAGGUUCAAAACAAUCAUAUAUGAGCUCGAAAAUUGGACUCUUAACGACAGUUUUGGCCUCGAAUUCCCGGACCUGCUCCCGUGCGCAUCGGAGAGGUCAUCAAGUUCCUCGCCAGACGAUUCUACCCAUGCUCCUUCUACGGUCGAAGCCAACGACGGAAUCCAUAACGAGGCCCAAGUCCAACACGGACCCGAAGGCUCCUUUAUGGGUCCCGAUCUUGUGUCGGCCAACUCCACCACCAACACGCUACUGCAACAUAACUCGGGCGUGACCGGUCCAGAGUCUCCGACCCGCAGCCAUCGCACUCCAAGUUUCAACUCAUGGACAUGUGAUAGGGACAGCAUGGGCAUCCCUGGAGCCCACACACCGCAAAUUACUGAUGCUCUGCCCGAACUUCCUCUCUCGGAAGGGUCUCUCAAAGAACCGAAAGAGCUCGAGCUUCCCGACGCAUCAGUCUUUCCCUCCGGCUUUCACAUGGAUGAUGGGGCCUUUUUCCCACACACCUCAUUCCAGGAAGGCAGUUUGUCGGAUUGGUGCCAACAUAUCAUAUUCGACGGCUUGCAGACGGGGACAAGGGGGAACAUGGACGGCGGAUUAGCACAGAAUUCGUGGUUUUGA